AUGGACUGCCGCCAUGGCCGCGUUCUUCUUGAGUGUGACUGGGACGAGGCGGAGAAGGAAGAUGAGGGCGAGGAAGAUGAUAUGGAGGAGGGAGAUUUAGAUGUGGGGGAGGAGGAAGGCAACUUGAAGAUGGUCGUCUGGGACCCGGUGUCGGGAAGCCGAACGAAGUUGCGCGGUCUUGACAUGUUCGACCCUGACAUCAACGGCACAAGCUAUUGGGGCACGGUGCUAUGUGCGUUGGAUGGCUGCAACCACGCUGCCUGCAACUUGGGCCCAUUUUUUGUGGCUUUAACCACCCUCGACAUGCAGUAUGAGGAAGAUGAGAUCCAGGAAGGCAAUUAUACGAGCCAAAUGUGGGCGUCUAUAUACUCAUCAGAGACCCGAGAGUGGACCUCACCUACCUCUAUUCACAUCGGUGGCGUUGGGAGAUUUGGAGCCUAUGUCGUCGGAAGGCCUAGUGUCCUGGUAGGACAAGCGGUCCACCUCCUCCUUCGUCGGGAUCCAACUGCGUCAGACAUUUGUAUUCUCAAGUAUGACUUGGGUACGGAUCGCCUGACAGCCAUUGAUUUGCCAGGGAUGUGUGUGAGCAGUUCGAACCCCCUCCUCAUCUCGGCGGGUGACAGUGGGCUUGGGCUCGUCCAUCUAGACCAGGACAUGAUGUGCUUCAUAUGCUCAGUGGAGGUAAGUGUUGAUGGAGUAGCGUCGUGGACCCUACUCAGAGAAAUGGACCUCAAGACACUUGUCCCCAUUCGUAAACCGAUGAAGUUAUCUUCACGAAAGUUGGUUGGCUGUGUGGAGGGCACCGGCAUCAUCAUUGUGGUCACGGAUCUCGGUGCAUUCACAGUUGAUCUCAAGUCCUUGAGGUUGAGGAAGUUGUCGAGUAAGCGGUAUAAGUUCACAUGCACGCGAGAUGCAUUUGACAACCUCUUUCUCUACACGAGCUUCAACAACCCAACAGCGGUGGCAGGUGCUGUGGCAGUGGCCGAAACAAAGAUCAGCAAGUGA